CUCCUCCCUCAAUCUCUUCAAAUCCAACAGUGUCGACCUUGAGGUUUCUCCUGCGUUCCCCGCUCCCUUCAGUUGUCCCUCAAUUGUCCCUCAACCUCCACAUUGUGGUGUUCGGAACACAGGGAACAAGUUUGAGCCACUGAUGCAUGCGCGUCUGACGGAGAAGAGAGCAGUCACAGAGAUAGAGCAAUCCAGGACCCAAACAGCGUUAGCAUACGUUUAAGAUAAGCUACGACAGAACGAGGUGAAAGCAGGGUUUGUUGAGAAGAGGCUUGCACAUUCGCCGUGAGUUAAAGUAGCUCCGCCAACCGCAAGACAGCGAAGUCCUGGUGUCUCUUAGAUCAAUCGGGAUGGUCACUCAACACAGACGAAUGUGUCGGCUGUUGGUGUGCGCAUUGGUGGUAUCAUUGACGCUACUUCGAGUGGAGGGUCAAAGCACGAGCAUGCAAGGAAUGGACAACAUGCUAGCGGCCUACGCAGGAGAUAACCCCUUCCUGCUGGGCUGGCAGCAGAGCUCCUUCACCAACUUCCCCGCGUCGUUCUGGAACGUCGCCGUCGGCCGGCCGUGCCCGGGAAACACCACCGACAUGCCGUACGCUGGCGUCUCCUGCAACGACCAGGGCUACGUGGUUGCCGUGGACUUGAGCCAGCCAUCCUUCCCGUCUGGCGUGCCCAAGCUUCAGGGUGUGCUCGACUGGAACAUCUCGGGCGUGCUCUUCCUCGAGCGCCUCGAUGUCUCCUACAAUCUUCUGGAAGGCCCUGUGCCCCCCCAGCUGGGUCUGGCGCCCAGCCUCAAGUCGCUCAACCUGGAGGGCAAUCGGCUCAACGGCACCUUGGAUGACAUGCUCUGCUACCUCGACAAGCUCGAGUGCCUGCAUCUCGCGGACAACAACUUGACGGGCAGCCUCCCCUGGUGCUUCAAGCGCUUCCCGUGCCCCGACUUUGCUGGCAACCCAACACUGAACACCAGUGGAUGCUUGGAUGUGCCCUACAAGAGCUGCCCCGACAACUACACUGCUGCCGUCGCCCCUCCUCCUGCGUCGUCGGGGCUGGGGGUGGGCGCCGUGAUCGGCAUCGUGUUUGGCGCGCUCGCACUGGUGGCGCUGCUGGUGGCGCUCUUCAUCUUUGUUCGCUUCAAGCAGGAGGAGCGGAGGAAGCGGGAGGAGGCGGAGAGGCUCGCUCAAGACAUUGAGACCCAAAUCUCGACCCGCCAUUUCGGCACGCUGCGGCGGUUCUCAGUGGACGAGCUGUCGAAGGCGACCAACGGGUUUGACGAGGACAACAUGCUGGGCGAGGGCGGGUUCAGCAAGGUGUACAAGGGCAAGCUGGAGGACGGGAAGUUUGUCGCUGUCAAGAGAAUCAAGGAGGAGAAGAAGUCAGGUGGAGAGUUGAUGUUCCUGUCGGAGGUGGAGCUCAUCAGCAGAGCCGUGCAUCGCAACGUGAUGCACUCGGAGGGCUUCUGUGUGGAGAAGGGCGAGUGCAUGCUCGUGCUGCCCUUCUAUGCCAACGGCUCUGUGGCGUCCCGCACUCAAGGCAAGGAGGGCAACCCCAUGGACUGGCUUUCACGCAUGAAGGUGGCGCGGGGGGCGGCGGAGGGCAUUGCGUACAUGCACACGGACUGCAACCCCAAGCUCAUUCAUCGCGACAUCAAGGCGGCCAACGUGCUCCUGGACGAGAACGACGAGGCCGUUAUUGCUGACUUUGGUCUGGCCAAGGAGAUGGACGUGCAUGAGAGCCACGCGUCCACGGCUGUCAAGGGAACCAUUGGACACAUUGCGCCAGAGUACUUUGUGUCGGGGCAGUGCUCGGAGAAGACGGACGUGUAUGCCUUUGGGGUCUUCCUGCUGGAGCUCGUCUCGGGCAAGGACGUGUUUGAGCUUACUCUGCCGCCCGAAGCCGAGGAGCUGUUGCUGCGUGACUGGAUCGCCAACAUGCUGCGUGACGGCAAGAUUCCUGAAUUCGUGGACAACGACCUCACCAGGCUGGGCUACGACGAGGCUGACGUGGCAAAGGUGCUCCAGGUGGCACUACUCUGCAUGAAGCAUGACGCAGUGGACCGCCCGACCAUGGAUGAGGUGGCAAAGAUGCUCUCCGGGAAGGCCCUGGCUGACAAGUGGGAGAAGUGGCAGGAGGAGGCAGCGAAGAUGUCUGGGGAGGAUGUCAUGGCUGUGGUCAACACACCUGCGAUUUGGGAGAAUACCACCACGGGUAUCUCGCUGGAUGCGUUCAACCUCUCCGGACCUCGUUAGGAGGGUUCGACGUGUGUGUGGGCUGGGUGGGUGGGUGCAUUGCAGCUUGUAAUGUUUGGAAAGCUUGCAUCGGGGUUGGGCGGGUGGUAAAGUGGUUGAUUCUGGCCUAAGGUGAUGCUGAGGUAUUGCCUGACACCAAACCAAAGGUUGCUUCAUCUUUCUUGUGAGCAAGGGAGCCGCUUGCAGUGGCUCUAGACAGAAGCCUGUUUCUGUUUGUUGGCUGUGGAUAUCGUACAGUGGGUGUGAAAAACCUAGGAUACCUUGUAUUUAUUGUAUGUCCAGAAUGUUAUGGUAGUAGAACUGCUUUUGCAUUGCUUCUGUAUGGCGCCCUAAGUAAUGACGUGCACAAGGGCUGAU